UAAUAACUGGAAUGUAGUGCACGUUUAAUCGAAUAACUCACAAUUUCCUCGCGUGCAGACGAUGUGACGUUUUACGUUCGGUGCAAUCCGUCAGAUGUCAAGAGUGGAAAUGGGUCGCACGAAAGUUCUCAGAGAGCUCCAAGUGGAAGCAUGGCUUACCAGAGACAAAAUAAAUCGAUAUCGUGGAGUUUUGAAACUGCAUGCGCGCGAGAAGAAACUGCAGCAGUCGCAAGCGACGAAAUUGAAAUCUGCCGUGUCAAGAAAACUUGGGUCUCUGGCGGUGGAUGUUAAGAGAGAUCGCGAAAUUGCCAAUGAUCUGAGCGAAGGCGGCAAACGACGCGUGUUAGGACCGUUGAGCGAUUACAGAGAAUUCUACUUGGCGCUUAAUCGUCUAGAACCAACCGAAAUUUGUGCAGCCGUGUAUCAAGAUUGCGAUUUGAAACGUCGACUCUUGGACAAACUCUACUACAAGAAAAAAGAGAAAUUGAAGAAAGCUAUCAAAUUAGAGUUGGAACGCAGUGCUCUUUCAGUCGAGUUCGAGGAGCAAAGCGAUGGUUUGCCGAACUGUGAGCAGCAACGAUUAGUAGUACGAUUACAGCAAUCUAUCACGAAAUAUAAUACAGCGAAAGUAAUACGUUCUACAUAUUGUUCAAUGCUGAAUAUCCUAAAAAAGGAUGCAAUAUUCUUUGACACUUUAUUGAACAUUUUAAAAGAAAAUCAGUCUUCGCAAUGUAAAACGAUGUUGAGGGUAACGGUGAUGGGUCAGCUGGCAGCCGAGAAUUUGGACGAUGUCAGACAAAAGUAUAAACGGAUGACACGUGUCGUUUUGCGUAACAUGAGAAUUAGAGAGCAAAUGUUGAGUACUGUACGUUGUCAAGUGGAUGAUUUGUGGGCUUAUGCGCAGUCAUUAGUGCGCGUUGAAAGUGAUAGUGCCUUUGCAAAAAAGGACACUGUUGAGACGUCUGCCGACAAGAUAUUGGAAAAUCAGUUGAUACAUCUGCAAGAUAUCUGCAAUAGAGUGAAAGAUACUUUUCUAGUGCAUCAAUACCACGACGUGUUAUCAAGACUCGAAGACCAAGCCAAUCAGAAGACAACUCUGCUGGCACGAUUGAGUGCCAAUAUAAAAAAUCACGAUCUUUUGUUUAAUAAAAAGAAUCAAGCUGUACAAAUUCUCGAGACUCUCAAGCAUUCUACAAAACCUAUAGAACAGUAUAAGAUAAAUGGGCAUGAAAUACUGGAACAAAUCGAGCUUGAGAAGAAACGUGAGAAGGAGCUGAAGGAACUGAAAAAAGCUCGCGGCGAACUGCUUACAAAUAUCAGAGCGGCUUUGCACAAUAUUAGUACGAUGUUAUUCUUUGUCAAACCUGUCGCCGUGAAAGCCGUGAAAAAGAUAGCUAAAGAUGUGAAUAAGCAAACGCUGAAAGAAAUGAUAGCGAUUGAUGACAAGAAAGAUAUGGAAGAGACACUGUUGGAGCUUGAAGAAGGGGAAGCUAAUGUUCUACUGCUGCUGUCGAAAAUUACUCGAAAAAUAGGCAUUCUCUUCGCCAUGAGCAACUUUGAUCUUAACGAGCAGGAGGAGAAGGCGCAGGAUCUUUAUCAAACCUAUGUAUCACAUUACAAUUCUAAUUUAAUAUUCGGGACCGGUGAAGAAGAACCGAUAGGACUACUGGUCGAACACGAAUUAGUUGACGUUACCAUCCCAACAAGAGCCGACAUAAAACUUCACAGCAGACAAAUUGUAGAGGCGCGUUUAAAACCGGAAUAGCGCUGCUCCAGGCUUUUCAUAAUAAAAUACUAAAUUCU